CCCGGCCCGGCCGCAGCCGCCGCGCCGCAUCAUGCCGCAUCCCGCGGCGCCCCUCGGGGCCGCCCUGCUGCUCGUCCUGCUGGCGGCGGACUCCUCGCAGACCGUGCUGCUGCGCGCCCCGGAGGCUGCCCAGUUCCUGCGGCAGAGGCAGCGGAGAGCCUACCAGAUCUUCGAGGAGACCAAGCAAGGGCACCUGGAGAGGGAGUGCGUGGAGGAGCACUGCAGCAAGGAGGAGGCCCGGGAGGUGUUUGAGAACGACCCGGAGACGGAAUAUUUUUACCCGAAAUACUUGGCUUGUAUUCAGAAAUAUGGAUCGCCGUAUACAAGAAGUCCAGAUUUCCUUACAUGCGUUCAUAAUUUGCCAAACCAGUGUUCUCCUGAUCCUUGUUACAAAGAGGGGACCGUCAAAUGUGAGGAUCUCAAGGGGGACUUCUAUUGUGAAUGCAAGCGUGGCUGGCAGGGAAAAACAUGUGAAAAAGAUAUUGACGAAUGCAGAACGCAGAACGGCGGCUGUAGCCAGGUCUGUCUCAACAAGCUAGGCAGCUACCGUUGCUCAUGCAACAGUGGUUACACUCUUAAAGACAGCAAAACAUGUGAAGACAUAGAUGAAUGUGCAGCAUCAGCAGACAUCUGUGGAGAAGCUCACUGUAAAAAUUUAAUAAGCUCGUACGAAUGUCUCUGUGACCCAGGCUACAAGUACGAUGACGUGAAAAAAACUUGUCAGGAUAUAGAUGAGUGUGAAGAAAAGCUCUGUGAACAGACCUGUGUCAACUCACCAGGGAGUUAUACCUGUCAUUGUGAUGGCAGAGGGGGAGUGAAACUUUCCCGGGAUAUGAAUACAUGUGAGAACAUCAUACCAUGUGUGCCUUUUGCUGUUGGAAGAAGUGUUAAAUCCUUGUACCUGGGGAGGAUGUUCAGUGGCACUCCUGUUAUCAGGCUGCGCUUCAAAAGGAAACAACUGACAAGACUUGUGGCUGAGUUCGACUUUAGAACCUUUGAUCCUGAAGGUAUCCUUUUCUUUGCUGGAGGCCAUCAAGACAGCACAUGGAUAGUCUUGGCAUUGCGCAAAGGACGGCUAGAGCUGCAGCUGAAAUACAACGGCAUAGGGCGUGUGACGAGCACUGGACCACUUAUCAACCAUGGCAUGUGGCAAACGAUCUCUGUUGAAGAACUCGAAAGAAAUUUGAUUUUAAAGGUCAACAGGGAUGCAGUUAUGAAAAUAGCCGUCUCAGGGGAUCUGUUUACUCUAGACAAAGGAGUGUAUCAGCUGAAUUUGACAGUAGGAGGUAUUCCUUUCAAAACAAAGGACCUUAUUCUACCCGUAAGUAUAGCAUGAUCCCUCAUGCUGCUUUGUAUGACGGAAGGGCUUGAUUUUGUCUUUCCUGAGAGCAGUUCAACCUGCCCUGAAACAGGAGCACAUGACAAAAUUCACUGCGGUCCUGUGGCUGGAAGGCACAAGUCCUAUGUGUGUCCUGCACUUUUUUUUUUUUUUUUUGCAGUGCAACCUUCUUCUGGAAAUGAAACCAAGAAGAAUUGGGAAAUAGAAGUAAAUGCUGUAAUUCAACCAGCAACAGAUACUGGUGUGCUGUUCGCUCUAGUUACAGAAGAAGCAUCUGUCCCUUUAUCACUGUCUCUGAUUGACUAUCAUUCCACAAAGAAACUGAAACAACAGUUUAUCACUGUGGCCUUGGAGAACAUAGUUGUGUCCCGACUGGCAAUAAAUCUCUGUGAUAAGAAGGAACACGCUGUGGACGUCCUCCUCAAGAAAGAUCACUUAUCCCUGAAGGUAGAUGGGAUGGCAGGAGAGAGUGAACUAAGCAUCUCUGAGUUAGAGGACAUUCUGUCCAUCUUGGAGAGUUCUUUGCAGUCACCGGUGAAAACAUACGUGGGAGGAUUGCCAGAUGUUCCUGUCACUUCUACUCCGGUCACCGCGUCCUACCAUGGCUGCAUGACUGUCAAGCUGAGCAACAAGGCACUGGACUUAGAUGAGGCUCUCUACAAGCACAGUGACAUCACCUCACAUUCCUGUCCUCCAGUUGAGGCAGGCCCGUAGGUACCACUACAGUGCGAAAGUUUUAUACUCAGAAACUUUCAAUGCUUUUCUUUUUUUUUAAAGAUAUAAAUUAUUCAGAUCUACCGCACUGCGUGUAUAGUUUCUCUUAAACACUGAAGUUAUGUAGGAGCUACUGAUCUUUAUGUCAGAUUGAUUAUUGAAAUACUCUUUGCUUUGAGGUUUAAAGGUUGUAAUAUAUUUGUAAAUAGUUCAGAAGACUAAUAUUAAAUAAGGCAGAAGUACAGAAUAUACCAAAAGUGAAUGUUAUCUUUAGGCCGUAAGAGACAGUUUUAUCUGUAAUGUGCAAACUAUGGUAAUAUAUCAGUGUGGACUGGAAGAAAAAUAAUAAUUCUGUAUAAUUUUUUAUUACCAAACACUGCUUUCUGAUUUGCAAAAUAUGAGAGAAUAAAAUAUUUACAUACAAGUUUUUAA